CUCUCCUUUUUUUUUCUGUUUUUUUCACAUCUUGAUGCAGCAAUGCCGAUCAAUGCAAGCAUAAAUGCGGGCCGAACCCCUCGGCGAUAAGCAGCGGCAAUAAUAUGUGCGGCCUGGGGCAUCAACCAUACUUUUCCCUUCUGUCCAGUGGCAACUUCAUUUUCCUCUAUCUACUGCGCUGGAGUUGGAGCCGGGAAGAUUUUCAUCGCUUCAUAUUGUUACCGCGGGUUGUCCAAACAGAAAAGAGCAAAAUUCUAUAAAUUAUCUUCAGUUGAUAGUCUUCACUAUUAAGGCCGCACUUGAACCCCACUCCGUUGUCUCCGCAAAACGCCUCACUACGAAUAAUACAACGCCGAACAAUUCAUUGAUCUACGAAAUCAACGUUCCUCUUUCCCUCUAUAUUCACACUCUUGCAACAGGACUAGAGAGCAAUAAUGUCCACCGUCGCGCAAAAACGUCUAUUCCAUGAGUACAAGAACCUCUCCACCAACCCACCAGACGGCAUCACCGCGGGCCCGGUCACUGAAGAUGACAUGUUCCAUUGGGAAGCCCUGAUUGAGGGUCCACAAGGCACACCUUUUGAAGGUGGUGUUUUUGCUGCCGAGUUGAAGUUUCCAAAAGAUUAUCCGUUGAGUCCGCCGACGAUGAAGUUUGUGGGUGGAGGCGUUUGGCAUCCUAACGUGUAUCCGAAUGGAACCGUGUGUAUCUCCAUUCUUCAUCCUCCCGGCGAUGAUCCGAACCACUAUGAGCAUGCGUCGGAGCGGUGGUCACCUAUCCAGAGCGUUGAGAAGAUUCUUAUCUCUGUCAUGAGUAUGCUUGCUGAGCCAAAUGACGAGAGUCCUGCCAAUGUUGAGGCGGCAAAAAUGUGGAGAGAACGGAGGAGUGACUAUGAGCGCAAGGUUCGUGAUGAGGUACGCAAGGGCUUGGGACUGUAGGGGCGUUCGCCUAUUUGCGGAGUUGGAAUAUGAUGGAGAGGCGUGGUACCUCUUCGAUUGUACCGAGCUUGUGCUUGUGGCAAUUGUUCGCUGGUGGGCAGCAUAGCUCGGUAUGGAUGCAUGCAUCUGUCUUUGGUUGGUCGUGGGGCCAUGGCGUUUAUGGUACAUCAUUACUGUUCAAGGCGCUUCUAUCGGGGCCUGUUUUCACUCUUUCCUUGUUCUUGCGGGUCUUCUUCGGCAGAGCUGAUAGAAAGUAAAUAUCUUGUUUGAAUUAUACAUAUAUAUGGGUAACCUCGUCCUAGUUAUCCGAUGGAGAGAAACCUACCAUCUUUUGAUCAA